AUGCGGUUCCUCCUGUCAGCCUUCGCUCUAGCUCUUCCUCUCAGCGCCAUUGCUGCACCUACCAACACUACUGCUCCCCCCGAGUCUGUGAUUGAAGAUGCAAAGCAGCUCAAGGUUGGGUCAGUCUCUCCGCUUAGUUCAGCGGAAGUCGAUAGCUACGUACCAUAUGGGUGGUUUUCAGCCGCUGCGUACUGUCCCCCUGAGACGCGCAAUAAUUGGCAGUGUAAAUCAUGUCAAGCCGACUCGAUCAAAGACUUUCAAGUAUAUAAGAGUGGUGGUGAUGGAGGCGUUGUACAAUAUUGGUAUGUGGGAUGGUGGCCAUCCCAGAAUUCAGUCGUUGUUGGGCGCCAAGGGACGGAUACGGACAAGAUAGAAGCAAUUCUUACAGAUGCUGCAUUCCUCCCUGUUGGGCUCUCAAGCGCCCAAUUCCCAGGUCGCCCGCUUUUAGCUACAGCUCACGUCGGCUUCUUAGCGUCUCACACACGCUCGGCUGCCGAUAUCCUGAGCGCUGUCAAAGAUGUGUUGGCUCAGAGGAACACCACAAAGAUACUGGUAGUUGGUCAAUCUUUGGGCGCCGCUCUGGUAACCCUAGAUGGCCUGUAUUUGCAACUACAGCUAGGAAGCAAAGUACAAGUUUCAAUAAGAGGGCUGGGUGGGCCUAGGGUGGGAAACGACGUCUUCGCUGAUUUCGUCAACGCCAAGGUUUCCGAUGUUAUACGCAUCACUAACAAGCGGGAUAUUGUCCCAGUAUUACCUCCAUUGCUACUCGGCUUCAAACAUACGACUGGCGAAAAGCACAUCAAUAUAGAUGGGGUGUGGAACAGCUGUGCGGGGCAAGAUAACUUGAGUCCAAAUUGCUCAGCGGGAGAGGUUCUGACCAAGGGGGUCAAAUUAGAAGACCAUCUUGGGCCAUACGCUGGUGGUGUGGUCAUUGGACAGACCGGGUGCUAG